AUGGCAGAUAAGCCCCAGAUAAGGCGGCGCUACGCCGACAGCCAGGCAGGCGGCCUGCAGCCCCGUCGAGGCUUUCCUGAUGCUGCAGACUUGCCGCAGCAGCAGCAGCAGCAGCAGCAACCAGUGGAGCAGCAGCAGCAGCCAUUCCAGCAGCAAAGCCCUGGACAGGUCCCGGAGCCUCAGCAGCAGCCGAUUUACGGAAAUGUGUCGGCAGCAGGGCCUCCGCAGCAGCAGGUGUAUGCGCCUCAGCAGCAGCAGCAGCCAUUCAGGCAGCAGCAGCCGCAGCAGAUCUAUGGACAGCAGCAGCAAUUCAGGCAGCAGCAGCAGCAAGCCUAUGGUCAGCAGCAGCAGCAGCAGCCGCAGCAGCCUUACGGGUGGGACGCUGGAGACGCCAAGGGCGGCUCCAUGAGACUCUCGGGGGGCCGUGUGCUUCCCGGGUCGCAGCAGUUGCAGCAGCAGCAGCAGCAGCAGCAGCAGCAGCCGCUGCAGCCGCCGCUGCAGCAGCAGCAGCAGCUGCCGCAGCAGCACAGGGCCCCCUACGGGCAGCAGCCCCAGCCCUACCCUCAGCAGCAGCAUUAUCAGCAGCAGCUGCAGCAGCAGCAGCUGCAGCAGCAGCAGCCCUACUACGCGGGGGGGGCCCCCAUGGAGAGGCCCAGGGCCCCCCAAGUCCGGGGGCCCCCCGUGAGGCCCCCGGGGGGCCCCCUAGAGGGCCCCCAGGCAGCAGAUGGGGCAUAUUACUAUGGGGCAAGCAAAGGAGACUUUCAGCACAAUGAGGCCCCUCUAGCCGGCGCUGCUGCGCACUACGAGGCCCACGGGGGCUUCCCGGGGGGCCCCAUGGGGGGCCCCAUGGGGGCCCCUAUGGGGGGCCCCAUGGGGGCCCCUAUGGGGGGCCCCAUGGGAGGCCCCAUGGGGGGCCAAGCAGGGGCCCUUAAUGGGGCCCCCAUGGGGGCCCCCAUGGGGGGCCCCAUGGGAAGCGACGGGCAGCAGGGCCCCCGUGGUGGUUUGUUUUCGUUGAAGAGUUUGCUGCGUCUUUUCAGCGCGCAGCAGCAGCAGCCAGACACAGCAGCAGCAGCAGCAGCAGCAGCAGCAGCAGGACCCCAAGACGAGCCAGAAGACCCGUUUGAAAACGAGCCGCCGCUGCUGGAAGAGUUGGGGAUAAACCCUCAAGAUAUUUGGCGGCGCAUGAAGGCCGUUUUGCUCUUCAGCAAAGCCGACCACGAGCUGCUCAAGGACAGCGAUUUGUGCGGCCCGCUUUUGAUUGCCAUAUUUCUCGCAGUUCUUCUUUUCCUAGUCCGUAUUUGCUGCUGCUGA